AUGCUGAGGAUGCUGAGGAUCAUGCGACUCAUGGACAGCCCGAUACAUGCUACCGCCCACUGCCCCUUUACAGCAUCAGACUAUCUUGUAGGCGCCCCACGAGCCACGAGCACGUUUGCCAUCUAUUUGAUCCAAGAUAAUGAGCCUCUCCAGAUCAUGUCGCGAAGAACGCAUAAUGUGACCGAAGAAGCUGCGGGCACGUUCUUGACAUAUGCG